UCCUGCUUCGAGUUUGUUUCCACGAUGUCUGGGUCCACAUGGUUUGCAGUUUGGGUUGUUUGUUGUGCAACACUCAUCACGGGUCUUCCUACCGUCACUGAUGAUACCAACGAAUUCGCAUUGAAUUGGUUGCGAUUCUAUGGCUACCUGUACUCAUCCGAAGCAGAUGAUGAGUUGAGCAUUGCUGAUGUUAGUGCUGCUAUACGACGCAUGCAGGCGUUUGCCAGCCUACCCGAGACCGGUGUAGUAGAUUCUGCUACCCUCGAGGUCAUGAACAUGCCAAGAUGCGGCGUACCUGAUUUUGAGCCAGAUGAAGACGGUCAAUUCAAGCGGUAUACGACUGGAUCAAAGUGGCCUAGAACGGCACUCACAUACAAAUUUGAGAGUUACACCAGGGAUUUGUCAGUAGGCAACAUCAAGUCAACUGUAGCCGCUUCGUUCAAACAAUGGAGUGAUGUCUGCCCCCUUACCUUCACAUUGGUAACUGGAACCGCAGACAUUAUCAUCAAAUUUGUAGAGGGUUGGCAUGGUGAUGGCAACGCGUUUGAUGGAAUGAGCGGCAUCCUAGCUCAUGCAUUCUACCCUGCUAGCGGCUUUGGUGGUGAUUUGCAUUACGAUGACGCAGAGACAUUCAGAAUGCACAGCACCAAUUCAAAUGACAUUGAUCUCCUGUAUGUAACUGUGCAUGAGAUUGGUCACAGCAUUGGCAUAGGCCACAGUAGCGUGUCUGGAGCCAUAAUGUACCCAACCUACGCCAAGGUGGCAACAGUCAAACUCCAUAGUGAUGACAUUAACGCAGCCCGAGCUCAGUAUGGCAAGUAAAUGCUACCCAUCGAUCCAGAAUCACUUCUUAAGCCAUACGUUGUUGAAUACUUUAAUUGUCAGUGAUAAACUUAAAUGACUUUUCAUCUUUUAAAUCAGCUUUGUAUUUUCUUGAACAAUCAUAUCAACACGCUGGGGUAAUGAUCGCUGCUAGUUACGCAAUCUUACAGAAUCAUGGCGUCUGUAAAGAGACAAUACAAAUCCACUCAAUUAGAAAAUGUGUAAGAUACCACUCAGUAAAACUAUAUUUCCAUUGAUAUGAGUCGAUUGAUUAGGCUUUGGUUUAACAGCAAUGCACUAGACGCUAUAUUAUUAAUUUAUUAUUUUCCCCGCUGAUAUACUGGGCUAAUUUGAUAUAAUAAUGGUAAGAACGCUGAGCUCAGUAUUUAAGUAUAGAUUUUUGGACACUCCUGUUUUCUACAGAACAAGCUAUUUUGUUUCAAUCAUACCUUUACGUCCUUGUGAGAACCAUUGGUGGGAACACACGUUUUCACAACGUACUAAUAUGCGAGCAACUCUUGUACGGACGGUCACUUUGUUUGCCUUCAUGCUACUCUCACACUGAGGCGAAUAUUCUUGCGAAAAUGUAUAUUUGAAAUUCGCGAUGAAUUCGCCCAAAA